AAUGAAAUUAAAAGUUUUAGAAUUAUUUAGUGGUAUUGGGGGCUUCCAUUUUGCCCUAAAAUCUACAGGUAUACCGUACGACGACCUUAUUGCAAUGGACAUUAAUACAGUUGCUAACGAAGUGUACAAAUCCAAUUUUAACCCAUCAUCGCUCAAGCAAAGAAGUAUAGAUUCAUUAUCUAUUGCCGAACUCGACAAGUACAAACCGAAUUUAAUAUGGAUGAGUCCACCGUGUCAGCCAUUUACUCGCCAAGGCCUACAAAAAGACGACGAGGAUUCACGAUCGAAAGCUUUUUUACACUUAUUAAACAUAAUUCCUAAUUUAGUCUCUUUACCCGAAAUUAUCAUGUUGGAAAAUGUUAAGGGCUUCGAAGUAUCUCGAUGUCGAAGCGCCUUGAAAGAUUGUUUAAUCUCUAAAGGUUAUCGAAUACAGGAGUUUUUACUGUCGCCUUUGCAGUUUGGCAUUCCAAAUUCACGAUUACGCUAUUUCUUUAUAGCAAAAUUAGAAGAUUUUAACUUUGAAACAAAAAGCUCUAUAUGGGAAACUAUACCGGAUUGUAUGUCGGAUUACCUCGUUCAUUUGCAAUAUAAGGGUCUACCUGAUCAGGUAGUCAUUAAACCCGAUACUAAAAAUCACAGGGAUGAGCUGAUGUAUACAACUAGAUGCAAGCCUAUUUGCGAAUUUUUAGAAGAGAACGUUGACCUUACUAAAUUCGGGUUAGAGGAGAAUCGUUUUAAAUUGUUUGGCGCAAUGGAUAUGAGGAAAAGAGAAUCGAAGAAUACUUGUUGUUUUACUAAACGUUAUUCGCAAUAUAUCGACGGAACUGGAUCCCUACUCGUUGAAGGUGAUUUGGCCGAAGAAGAAUUUAAUUAUCUACGUUCCCGGCAGGACUUUACAGACGAUAAAAGUAUAGAGCUAAUUAGAAGACUACAAAUUCGAUUUUUCACACCGAGAGAAGUGGCUAAUCUUAUGUGCUUUCCUUCAUCUUUUACUUUUGAAGAAACAAUUACAACUCAACAAAUGUAUAGAUUACUAGGUAAUUCUUUAAACGUACACGUAGUAUCUAUUUUAAUCCGACUAGCUUUACUAUGA